AUGGACACCGCACCGCUGGAGCAGGGUUCGAACUGGGACGUGGUCAUCGUCGGCUCGGGUCUCUCGGGCCUCACCGCCGCCACCCGCAUUCUUCAGGAAAACAAAGAGCGCAAGGUACUCAUCGUUGACGCUGUCGACUGGUUCGGCGGCCGCACCCGCUCCAUCGAGCUGGCCAAGUACGACUCCAAGGUCUCCAUCGGUGGAACCUUCGCGCUGUUCGAACACAACGACACCCUCCAGUUGGCGAAGGAGAUCAACUGCUCGCCGACGGAGACCCUGAAGAUUUCGGAUGUCAACUUCAACCAGUUCAGCAAGGCCCUGUUCGACCCGUCGGGCCUCCCGCUCUUCUUCAAGCUCAUGUACAAGGGCGCCAAGAUCGUGAAGGAGGGCAAGAUCGACUGGUCGUGCAAGACCGCCAAGGAGCUGGAGAAGAUCAGCCUCGAGGAUUGGAUCUCCAAGCACUGGAUCCUCAACAAGUUCAACCCCAACUUCACCCGCGAGUUCUUCUACCUCCUCGAGACCUUCCCCAACCUUCACGGAGUCUCUGCGCUGGUCUGCGCCAUCGCUCUUUACGUCCGAUUCCGAGGCAUUCCGCGCAACGGAAUUGAGAUCCCGCCCAAGGUGCUGAGGUGGGAGGGCGGCACGGGCGUGUUCACGCAGGCCCUGGUUGAGAGCCUGAGCCACCACGAGAACUUCCGCCUCAAGCUCAACUCGCCCGUCGAGCAAAUCAUCCAGCCGGCCAUCAACGCCGGCGCCAACGCCGGCCCCUACCCCGUGCAGGUGGUCGUCAACGACAACCACACCGGCAGCGUCACCGUCAACGCCCAGUACGUGGUCGUCGCCACGUCGCCCCUGGCCGCGGCGCCGGCCAACCUCGGCGGCACCAUCAACUACACACCGGCCCUCGAGCCCGGAGCCGCCCAGCUCUUCUCGUCCAUGGAGGCCACCCCUACCGUCUCCCGCCAGAUCCUCGUCGUCUACAAGAACCGCUGGUGGAAGAAGCAGGGCGGCGGCAUGUUCAUCAUGCCCCCCUACGCGACCCACGUCAAUGAGAUGGGCGUGUGGGGCAACGUCGUGGACGGCAGCAUGAAGGACGAGCGCAAGGCCGGCAUCGUCCGCAUCUUUGUCGACUCGCGCCGCCUGGACGGCAUGAGCCCGAAGCAGGUCGAGCAAUCGACCAUCGACUUCCUCAAGCACCUCUUCCCCAAGCAGCACGACCUGGUCGAGGGCUACGAGGAGAUCAUCUUCCACGACUGGAACACCGCCAAGCCCACCAUCCCCGGCGUGACCUUCACCUACGCUCCCACCAACAACGGCGUGCUCUCCAAGUUCGGCAAGUACUUCACCCAGCCCUACGGCCGCAUCCACUGGGGCGGCUCGGAGCGAUCGGUGUGGGGCGCCAACUGGAUGGAGGGCGCUGUCGAGCGCGGCAACGACGUGUCGGAGGAGCUCAUGAAGAUGGCCGGCUGGGUCGGGCCGGACUACAACGUGCGCAAGACCGCCGCCACGCUCAGGGUCGCCAAGCGCGCAAUGCCGGUUGCGGCGAUGGGCGCGUUCGCGGUGGAGACCAGCGCUGAGGAGGAUGACCUGGAGGCCGAGCCGGAUCUGGAGCCGAUCAAGCUGCUCCCUACCCCCACGAGCCCUCUGGGCCUGGCCGAGAGCCUGCAGCCCGACGACGGCGACAAGCUCGACAUCCACGAGCUCUACACCCGCGUGAGCCAGGUCGAGAAGCCGCGCCUCCUGCAGGAAAACGACGUGUGGAUCUCGCCACAGAUGUGCCUCGAUGCCCUCAGGGAACUGGAGAAGGCCAAGCUGCUCAAGAAGAAGCGUGCCGCCGAGGCCGAGGCCGAGGCCGAGGCCGAAGAUGAAGCCGAGGUGGCGUCGUCGUCGUCGUCGUCGUCUUCUUCGGUCCCCCACCCUGCGACUUCCUCGUCUCCUCUGCUCGCCGGUCCCACCGUCCAACAGCUCCAGGCCGUGCCUACUCUGCGCGGCGAGGUUCCGGCCUUCCUUCUCGGCCUCACCGUCGGCGUGUUCGUCACCAUGGCGGCCUUCCGCUUCGCCAAGGGCUCGUCGCAGUGA